UUCUGGGCCGAGAAACAGAGAUGAAAGCUGCGAAGACAACGCACCAAUCUGGACAUUCAAGCUAAUUGAAGUAUGGCUCGCUCCAUCCGCGGUGUGGCGCGCCGUAAAUAGUAGAUGUCAGACAGCUCGCUGAGUGGACAACCUUAUAGCAAAGAUCCAUUGAUUUCCUCUACAACUUUCUCAUAGUCCCCUUUAAAUUGAAGCACGUUUCCUUUCCCUUUGCUGUGAUUGUCCCUCUUCGUCCUAACUCACAACAUCGCGCAUACAUACUCACACCGGAACAAGUUCUUGACACAAUGUUCGGCGACAGUCUGUUCAGCUGGUUCAGCUCCUCCAAGAAGGAGGAAGCGCCCCAGACUACCUGGGAUCCGAACACAUUGACCAUGGUCCAACCUCAGAGCCCCGAGUCUCCUUCCACCAACGCUGUUGUUGCUGAGCAGCCCACGCCCGAUAACCAGAUGAACAUGCAGCUGCGUGGUGGCGGUCCUCCCCCUGGGCCUGGUGAUGAUUGUUGCUGCUGCCUCGACUGCUUCUGCUGCUGUGGGGACUGCUGCGGUCCCGAUGGCCCCCCUGGUGGCUUUGGCGGCCCCGGCGGCCCCGGUGGUGGUCCUGGUGGUCCUGGAGGCCCUGGAGGCCCUGGAGGGCCAGGGGGCCCCGGCGGUCCUGGCGGCUGGUAAGAAUGGCUUCGAUGCGACAGCACUUUGCGUGCUCAACGUCGGUCUGAAACCGACUCACCCGAUCUGUGAUACCAUAUUGAUUGUUGGUUCUGUGGCAUGGAGGAAAAGAGGUUUAUUGUCGGGUCUGGGGCCUCUCCUGUUAUGGCCCAGAAGGC